AUGUCAGGCCAACAGAGAAUUGUUUAUAAGGGACAGAACCAAGACUUUAUGGUGUUUAUAGAUGAUCCACAUGCAUUAUAUGAGUACCAGAAUGGAGACACAACGGUUCCUCUAUCCUCAGUGGUUUCCUCAUUUGAGGUGUACCGUCCUGUGACGGGUAAUGGUACCUCGGGGAUGAUUGAAGCCGCAAGUAACCAAGUCUUGAGUGAGGAAUUUGGCGAUUUCAAGAGCAUUGAGGAUGAAAUCAUCCCGCAAAUACUAAGUAAGGGAGAACUCCAAAAGGUGAGAAAGGAGUCGUUUGCUUAG